AUGAGCAAAAAAAUUAAAAUUUCUUAACCUCUACCGAAAGUCAAUUGGAAAGAUACUGAUAUGGAAGAAGAACUCACCAUCAAAAUACCUCAUGGUGAUCUAAUCAACAAAAUCAUAGACCCUAGAUCAAGUCCUCAGGAAUUCUUUGUUCCAUUAAGAUUUCCAGCCUAAUAACACAUGAAAGAUGCAGAUGGCUUUUUCAUACCCUUGCCUAAGGAAGAUCCAAAGAAAAUACUAUAACAAUAGCAACAAUUUCAAAAUGAAAGAUAUUAAAUUCAAUUGCAGGAUUUGAUAUCCAUUGAUGACUUGGGUCAAGGCUCAAGCGGAAGAGUGAUCAAAGCAUUACAUAGACCCACUAAUUUGCUUGUUGCACUUAAAACAAUCCAAAUAGUGAAUGAUGAAAAAUUCACUAAAUAAAUCAAUUUGGAACUGGAAACUUUGGUCAGUUGCAAUCAUUCGAACAUCAUCAGAUGUUAUGGAGCUUUUCUAGAAGGAGCUUAGGUAGCAAUCGCUUUAGAAUACAUGAAUUUAGGCACUUUGCAAGAUGUAAUUAAGAAGUCAGGAAAAAUCCCUGAAGGCAUGUUAGGACUCAUUGCCUAUUAACUACUCAAAGGUUUGGACUAUUUACAUCGAACAAAGAAAAUCAUCCAUAGAGAUAUCAAGCCUUCAAAUUUAUUGAUAAAUAGUUAAGGGGAAGUUAAAAUCUCUGAUUUUGGUGUAAGCGGCUAAUUACUAAACACCUAAGACCAGCGAUGUACUUGGGUUGGUACAGUUACUUAUAUGUCUCCUGAGAGAUUUCUGUGUGAGCCCUACUCUUCGAAUACAGAUGUCUGGUCCUUAGGACUCUCUUUACUUGAAUGCGCUUGGGGGGUUUUCCCUUAUCCUCAUCCUGGAACCAACGAUACUACUCACUCCCUUGGGUUUUGGGAAAUCAAAGAAUACAUUGUUUCAAGACCAGCUCCUCCAUCACCUCCUGAUUUUUCCUAAAUUGGAGCUGACUUCAUAGCCAGUUGUUUAUAAAAAGAUCCAAGGUAGAGGAGGAGUGCUGCAGAAUUGCUGGAACACCCUUUUAUUAAACAAUUUGAGGAUGUGAGUCUACAAUAUUUAGAAGGUUGGCUUAACAUUAAUUAAUGA